AUGACCAUCAACCGCUUGCAGGUUCACGGCGCUACCAACACCCGAAGAGGCUUCCUCGACCCUAUCUUCACCCCGCUCUUGACCGAGGAUGUCAACAGCUCCUCCACGCUUGGCGAAGUAGCGGCGCGGUUGGGCGACGCCAGAGGAAAGCUGGAGAGACUCGGCAUCUUCCACCCCGAUGUCAAGGUCCACCUUAGCAACGCCAACAACACCGAUGCUUCGUCCACUCCGACCGACGUCGACGUCGAUGUCGUCGUCAAAGAGCUCUCCCGCUACAAGUUCAACGCCGGAACCGAUGUCGGAAACAGCGAAGGCUCCGCUUAUACCUCCUUGCUCUGGCGCAACAUCUUUGGCGGUGCGGAGCAGCUUACUGUCAAUGCCAGUGCUGGCACAAGAACCCGUUCCGCAUACAGCGCGACCUUGAGCGCACCCGUCCAAAGCAACCCCGAUACGAGAAUCGCACUCGAGGGCCUCGCUUCCGCCACCGAUAAAUCCUGGGCAGCACACGAGGAGGUUCUGAAGGGAGGAAACCUGCGCUUCUCAUGGCUUUCUGGCCUCAAGGACAUGCACACGGUUGAAUAUUCCGGCAUUUGGCGUCAAGUCACUGGCCUCCGCGACAGUGCCAGUCCCACUGUCCGUGCCGAUGCCGGAGACUCCGUAAAGAGCUCCAUCAAGCACACAUACCAGAGAGACGAGAGAGAUAACCCGCAGCUUCCGCAAAGCGGCUACGUACUCAAGUCCGUUUGGGAGCUGGCUGGUCUCGGCCCCCUAGGCGGUGACGUCGCCUUCUCCAAGAGCGAAUGGGAGGUGGGUGGUGCGCUGCCCGUCCCUGUUCCUGGCGUGGAGGGACCAUCUGGAAUCUCGAUUGGUGGUGGAUUGAGGUUCGGUAUGCUGUACCCGCUUCCUCUUGGCUUUGCCUCCGAAGGCAAGUCCCAGCCGAGCCGCAUAAACGACAGAUUCCAGCUCGGCGGGCCCACCGACGUCCGUGGUUUCCACUAUGGAGGUCUUGGACCCCACGACGGAUCCGAUUCAGUCGGAGGAGACGUCUUCGCAGCUGGCAGUGUGAACAUGCUGUUUCCUCUGCCUUACAAGGGCCCCGACUCCUCUCUCCGCUUCCAAGUGUUUGCCAACGGCGGCAGAUUAGUCGCGAUGAAGAACAAGGGCAAGACUGGUGCUUCAGCCACCGAGGGCCUCGACGCUAGAAGUGUCGCAGGCAGCGCGUGGAGAGCGUUGAGUGACCUGACGACUGGUCUGCCAUCAACAGCCGCUGGUGUCGGUCUGGUCUACGCUCAUCCUGUCGCUCGUUUCGAGCUCAACUUCAGUCUCCCGUUGGUGCUGAGACGCGGCGAGCAGGGCACCAAGGGACUGCAGGUUGGGGUCGGCAUCAACUUCUUGUAA